AUGGCAUUGCUAUCGGAGCAUGUUCUGGAUAAUUUGUCGACGUUACCGAGGGAGCUGGCGAAGAAUCUGCAGACAAUCCGUGAGCUGGACAUUGAGUGCCAGAAGAAAGCAGCUGAGGUGGACCAGAAGUUGAAGGGUUUCGUGAAAUCGUACAGGAAGAUGCCGAAGAAUGCUGCUGUUGCAUUCAAUAAAGAAAUUAUGGCGAUGUUUGCCGAAAUUGAUCGCUUAUCAAACCAAAAAAUUGCUCUGGCAUCUGACACGUACCAGCUGGUGGACAAGCACAUCAGGCGUUUGGAUAACGAUUCAGCCAAGUUCGAGGCCACUCUGCGACAAAAGUAUCUGAGUUCUGCUGCAGUGGCAUCGGCUGCGUCAACGGCAAACAGCAGCACUGUUGCGCCUUACAAGUCGUUCAUGGACGUACGGCCGGUGAUGGAAAUGCCGGUGGAUCCGAAUGAGCCAACAUACUGUGUGUGCCAUCAGGUCUCCUAUGGAGAGAUGAUAAUGUGCGAUAAUAAACAGUGCCCGGUUGAAUGGUUCCACUUCCAAUGUGUCGGACUAACCGAGUCACCGAAGGGCAAGUGGUACUGCGAGCGGUGUAGCGAGCAGCGAAGAAGGAAGAGCGCCGGCGCCGGCUCAAACAAGUGA